GUGGAACAAGUAACUUCAACAAUAUAAAAAAGAAAAUGAUGUUCUCAUUUAUAUCGAAAAUAAAAUCGAAUUUAUAUUUAUUUUUAUUAAUAUUAAUAUUUAUCGGUGCAGCAAAAUUAGUUGUGUCGUUGAAGACUUCAGACAAAAUAUUAGAAUUUGGAUAUCCUUUAGAAAUAUAUGAAACUCAAAGUAAAGAUGGGUAUAUGUUGGGACUUGAAAGAAUUCCUCAUAGUAGAAAUGUAAAUAAGACAUCAAAAAUCGGUAAACCCGUUUUAAUGGUUCAUGGUUUAUACGGGACAUCUAUGCUUUUUGCUGCAGUUAACACAUCUCAAGCGUAUGCUUUGUCAGAUGCAGGCUAUGAUGUAUGGUUAAUGAAUUUUAGAUUAUCUGGUAUAUCGAAAUUAAUCAAAGAUCCAAAAUCUGGAAUAAUUCCUCCAUUGCAAAAUGUUUCAUGGGACUUUAGUAUGGAGGAGUUGGCCAUUUAUGAUUUGACUGCUUCAAUUGAUUAUGUAUUGAAUAUAACGGGAUAUGAAAAAUUAGACUUGACAGGAUUCUCUCUAGGAAAUACUAUUAUUUUAAUUGCAUUAUCAGAGUUGCCAGAAUACCAAAAUAAAGUAAAUAAAAUAGUGAUGAUUGUGCCAACAACCAGAAUGAAAACUUACCAUGCACCAGCUUGGAGGAUGUACUUCUUAAUUAAGUUAAGAAUAAAAGGAGAGAAAUAUAUACCUAAACUCCCAGAUUAUGAUAAUCAGAUAUUUGGUUACAAUUGUAUGAAAAAUAAUUUGUUUUGGAAAUAUUACUGUAGAAAUGUUGUUAAUUCAGUACAAGGAAUAAGUUUACCAUACAAUAGAAAAGCAUUAGAACUCCUUAAAGUGUAUCCACAGCCAACAGCCGUCAAAGUUUUAUUUCAUGUUUAUCAACAUAUUAGAUCAGAUCAUUUUUGUAAAUAUGAUUAUGGACCAAUUCAAAAUAUUAAAUAUUACAAUUCAACUGUACCUCCUGAUUACGACUUAACUAAAAUAAUUGUGCCUUCCUACAUUUUACAUUCAAAAAUAGAUUCUACCGCCACACCAGAAGAUAUUAAAUGGUUAGUUAAUCAACUACCCAACGUAAAAAAAACAAGAUUUAUUAAAGAAGCCCGACAUAGUCAUUUAGGAAUUAUUAUUAAUUCUGAAGCAAACAAGAUAACCAAUAAUUUUAUGGUUCAAAGCUUAAAUGAUAAUUCAUAAAUUAAAAUAAAUUUUUUUAACAA